CAGCGGGUUUCCGGCCUCCGGUUAUUUUACGGCGCACGGCUCUCGGUCGCCUGACUCCGUGAGGCUUCCCUGCUGCUUCAGCUCUUCACCUCGCCUCCAACACUGCCAGCAUGGGUCCCUGGCUUCGCUCGCAGCUCGCAGCUCUCCUGCUGCUCCUCUGUGGCAUUGGCACUGCGCACUGCGACACACCUGCCAACUGCACCUACCCUGACCUGCUGGGCACCUGGGUCUUCCAGGUGGGCUCCGGAGGUUCCCAGCGGGACGUCAACUGCUCGGUGAUGGGGCCACCAGAAAAAAAAGUAGUGGUGCACCUUAAGAAGUUGGAUACAGCAUAUGAUGAAUGGGGCAAUUCUGGCCAUUUUACCAUCAUUUACAAUCAAGGCUUUGAGAUUGUGUUGAAUGACUACAAGUGGUUUGCCUUUUUUAAGUAUAAAACAGAGGGCAGCAAGGUGACCAGUUACUGCCAUGAGACGAUGACGGGGUGGGUGCACGACGUGCUGGGCCGGAACUGGGCUUGUUUCACCGGAAGGAAGGUGGGCGCUACCUCUGAGAAUAGGAUCCUGAACACAGCACACUUCAGGAGUCUCCAGGACAAGCAUUCCAAUAGGCUCUACAAAUAUAAUCACGACUUUGUGAAAACGAUCAACGCUGUUCAGAAGUCUUGGACUGCAACCACAUACAUGGAAUAUGAGACUCUUACCCUGAGAGAGAUGAUUAGGAGAGGCGGCGGCCACAGCCAGAGACUCCCCAGGCCCAAUCCCGCACCAGUAACUGCUGAAAUACAUGAAAAGAUUUUACAUUUGCCAGCUUCUUGGGACUGGAGAAAUGUUCAUGGUACCAAUUUUGUUAGCCCUGUUCGAAACCAAGCGUCUUGUGGAAGCUGCUACUCCUUUGCUUCUGCGGGUAUGCUGGAAGCAAGAAUACGUAUACUAACCAACAAUACACAGACACCCAUCCUGAGUCCUCAGGAGGUUGUGUCCUGCAGCCAGUAUGCUCAAGGCUGUGAUGGCGGCUUCCCAUACCUCAUCGCAGGAAAGUAUGCCCAAGAUUUCGGGAUGGUGGAGGAGGCGUGCUUCCCCUAUGUAGGCACUGAUUCUCCGUGCUUACUGAAGGAGGACUGCGUUCGUUACUACACAUCCGAGUACCACUAUGUGGGAGGUUUCUAUGGCGGCUGCAAUGAAGCCCUGAUGAAGCUAGAGCUGGUCCAUCACGGGCCCAUGGCAGUUGCCUUUGAAGUCUAUAAUGACUUCCUCCACUACCGCGAGGGGAUCUACCACCACACUGGUCUGAACGACCCUUUCAAUCCCUUUGAGCUGACUAAUCACGCUGUUCUGCUGGUGGGCUAUGGCACUGAUCCAGCCUCUGGGCUGGAUUACUGGAUUGUGAAAAACAGCUGGGGCACUACCUGGGGUGAAGACGGCUACUUCCGGAUCCGCAGAGGAACGGAUGAGUGUGCCAUCGAAAGCAUAGCAGUGGCAGCCACGCCAAUCCCUAAACUGUAGGGUGCAUCUCGCAGCAUUUCACGCUGACCGCCACCAGUCGUGAAAGGGGGUGAUUCACUCACAGACUGGAGACGUUCACCGCAGCAAUUUCAGAAGAUUACCAGUAAAUUCCUAUGAAGCCUUUUGCCUUCAAAAUUAAAACUGCCCUUUAUUUGAAUACUGUCCCACUAACCACUGGCCCAAUUUUUUCAAAGUACUCAAUUAAAUGAGGUUUUUACAGAUGAGCUAUGCAGUAAAUGAUUUUACUAAUCCUUUCUAAUUCAAACAUAAUUUAUAUUAUUUUUAAAAUCUAUAUGAAAAUCACAAGAAAAUAUGGCAAUGACUAUUAAUUUUUUUUAAAAAAUUUGUUAAUGAUCAAGUGAUAUAUAUUAGGGAAUUUAUUUGUGUGCAUAAGGGAACUUCUACCAUUGGCUCCUUCAGUUACAUUCAGAUUCACUGUGUCACUUAUAUAAGUACUUUAAGAAGAAAAGCAUUUGAAGGUAUUUCAAUUUUAAAAAAAACAACCAUGAAACUUUAUUAUAGAGGAUAUGUUCAAAUAAUGACUAGUGAAUGCUAAAAUCGUCCCCUGGGUAUUUGGUAAGCCAAAAGUCAUAGAGAAAAGAAACAGGAAUUUUGAUAAAAAUCUUGAUAUUGGUUAAAUUUUUUUUAUGAUCUGUCUUGAAUUUGGAAGUAUUGGUUAGCCUUCACUGAGUAAGCAAAAGUCACUUAAGUAGCAGAAUAGUAGGAGUUUAGAUUUGGACAUAUCUUUGCGUCUCCAAGAUAUAUUUCAGUGGUAUGGAAGCUCUAUGCUGAGUAAACAGAUGGCAUUUAUUAGAAAUGUAGAGUAGGCAAAAUUAGAUAGUCAAGCUCUAAAACAUCAACAAGAACCUCAAGUCUUUUGGAAGAGACCAUAGGUGGAAAUCAUGGCACCUAACCUCUGCACAUCAAGAGAGACUAAGGCCUAGAAAAAGGACAAGUAACUCAUCUAAGUUCACACUGGUGGUAAGUAACGAAGUCAUGAAUAGCACCUUGAUCGUCUUAAGUUCUUUUCUCCUUAAGCAACUGAGACACAAUCUCAGCACUUCCCAACAGAGUAUCCAAACUCCUUAGGGGUACUAGGUGGAGGCUUGAAAGUUUCACCUUGGCAUGUUAAUUCUCAGAGUUUUAUCUUAAAUUUGUCUCCUUUCUGCAUUGCGAUUCACUACAAUGACACUUUUGUUCUUGAACUGAAGUGGCAUUCCAGGAAUUUGCCUCCUGUUUAAGGUGUAGCUUCCUGACCCUCUUGGCACACCGACAUACCUUUGACCUUUUCUCUACCUUUUGAAAGGCCUCAAAGCAGGUUUAUUUUCUCUGUUACUGUUACUGACUGAAUGUAAUUUUAGUCCUACUUUUUGCCUAGCCUUGUUGCUCUGUGAAAGUGUAAAAAGAAUUUGAAAUCAAAGCAUGAAUUUAUUUUACACUAAAAUCUAUAAAGAUACUACCUGUCUGCUUAACAGAUAGGAUUUUAUUAGCCUGUGUGCACGUGAACUUAUACUCUGAUUUUCUAUGGGAAAGGACACAUGGGGGGAAAAUCAUGAAGACGCAGGGUUUUCCACAAUUUCCUGGGGGCCCUGGCUGAGCUCAGCAGGAAAAUCAGUCAUUGCUGGUAUCAUGUAUUAAAUACUUUAGAAAAUAUUGAAAAACUAUAUGUAAGUGUGAAUCUAACUGACAGUGGGAAGCAGCCCUCACAGCGAGAUGCGUUGAGGACAAGCAGUGGCUUGAAGAGGCUCUGAGUCUUCAGAGGUUGUGAGAGGGAUUGCCCGAAAUGAGAGCUCCAGUUCUUCAGCACCUCCACCUGCACUGGUCUGCUGUGGGAGUCUGCUUUUCCUACUUCUGCAUGGCAGAAAGGUCACAUUUCCUCUACAGAGGAGGAAUUAAAGACCGUGACUAACUGAACAUGAUUCCUCAAGCCAUGUGAUUAAACUGUUAAGCUGUACAAAAGGCAGCAAGUUUCUUUGUAAAACUUGUUUAUGUUGGUGUUACUGGGCCAUAUAAUCAAUGUCUGUAGACAAAUUGAACUCUGGAAAAACUGGGGCAGCAACUCUGGCUAACCUCUCCAGAAGAACCACAGUGAAAAUGUGCAUGGAUGACACCACUAGCCACACAGGAAAACCAAGGUUAAUGAGACCACAAGCACAGUCCUGAUACGUGUCUGGGCCUUAGUGCCUGGGAAAGGUUUCUGGCUCUGCCGCUUGCUACCGUGAAACCUUGGGCAGUUUCCUUAAACUACUUGGGCUCACUUUCCUCAUUUGUAAAUGGAGAUAAUGGAAUAGACAUCCCCCACUGAAGUCUGCCCCCACUAAAUCUUUGCUAAUGCAACGAAGAAACCAAAUGGAUUGGCACUUUUGGGUGACAUCAUUUGCUUUCAUUAAGGGCAGGCCCUUCACCCUCCCAAGUGAAUGAACGAAACUAAAUCAGGUAAUGAAGUUUCCCUGCCCUUCCAGACUUGCUCAAGGAACUCUGACAUCUCACCACUUAACUCAGGAAAUGAAUAGGUUUGGAUUGGAAGGGAUACAUACACUUACUUUACAUAGUUCUCUAGGAUUAAAUGCCUUCAGAUAUGCAAAGUAGGGAGAACAGCACUUGGAACAUAAGUCUGCUUUUUCUGAACUCAAUUCGUAAAGUAAUCUUUUGCUGUGGGGAGCAGCUAAGACAUAUUCUAUUAAUAAACAAGUUCUACCCUACUAUGAGGAGGGGGUAAGGGGAUUUCUUUUUCAAAAGGA